AUGGCUCCAACGCAGAUUGAUGCCCUUGUCGUUGGGGCAGGCUAUGGUGGAAUAUACCAGCUUUAUCGCCUACUACAGCUGAAUCUCUCUGUGAGGGUGAUCGACAUGGCCAGUGGUCCAGGCGGCACCUGGUACUGGAAUCGUUAUCCAGGUGCCAUGAGUGAUACCGAGAGCUAUGUCUAUCGCUAUUCAUGGGACAAAGAAGACCUGCAGACUUAUCCUUGGACGCACCACUACGUCAAGCAGGCCGAUGUCUUGGCAUAUCUGGAGCACGUCGUCAAGAAGCACGAUCUUCGAAAACACAUGCAGUUUGAAACCGAGCUGCUUUCUGCAGAUUGGAAUAGCACGACCAAUCGAUGGGACAUCAAACUUAGUGGCGGAGAGACAUGCAGCGUGCGAUAUCUCAUUACAGCCCUUGGCCUACUCUCAAAGGCUAAUUACCCUGAUAUCCCUGGCAUCAGUUCUUUCAAUGGGGAGCUGUGUCACACGGCAGCAUGGCCUAAGGACUUGGAUCUCAAGAAUAAACGUGUCGGCGUUAUAGGCUGUGGCUCCACUGGAGUACAAGUUAUAACUGAUAUUGCUAAAGACGUCAAGUCCCUAACGUGUUUCCAACGGCACCCUCAAUACACUGUCCCGAGCGGCGACCGUCCAGUUGACCCAGAGUACAGGAAAUGGGUCAAUCAAAAUUACGAUCAGAUUUUCGAUCAGGUGAAGAACUCCGCCGUUGGGUUUGGUUUCGUUGAAUCGACCGUUCCAUUUGAUGCCGUCAAAUCCCCCGAACGACGAGAAGAAAUAUUCGAAGACCUUUGGAAGCAAGGGAACGGGUUUCGAUUCUUCUUCGGCGGAUUCUCCGACCUGGCUACGAACAAGGAGGGCAACGAAGCAGCUUGCGCCUUCAUCCGAAAGAAGAUAAGGGAGACUGUCAAAGACCCCGAAAAGGCCAGGAAGCUGAGCCCCCACGACUAUUAUGCCCGCCGGCCACUUUGCGACGGCGGCUACUUUGAGCAGUUCAACAGACCAAACGUCGAUGUCGUCCUCCUCACAGAGGAUCCUAUCAUCUCGAUCACUCCUGACGGCAUUCAGACCAGCACGGGACUCCACGAAUUGGAUGUCAUCGUAUUCGCGACCGGCUUCGACGCGAUAGAGGGGAACUACAACCGCGUCCGCAUUCGAGGGCGCAACGGGAUAACAUUGAAAGAGCAAUGGGACCCUGUUGGACCGACCAGCUACCUUGGGGUCGCAGUGUCUAACUUCCCCAACCUCCUUAUGAUCACAGGCCCGCAAGGACCGUUCUCCAACCUCCCACCCGCGAUAGAAGCACACGUCGACCUCAUCAGCCGGCUGAUUGACCGUGCAGAGAGGCUCCGGGGCCUGCAUAGCGGCGGCGGCUAUGAUACGAAAGUAAUCGAGGCGCUUCCGGGGGCGGAGCGCGCCUGGACCCAGGAGUGCGAACAAGCGGCCGAAGGAAGUUUGUUCAAAGAAACCGCAUCGUGGAUUUUCGGACAGAAUGUACCGGGUAAGAAGUACGCGAUCCGGUUCUACUUCGGUGGCUUGAAGGCGUGGUACCAAGCUGUGCAGCGUGUCAUCGAGGGUGGAUACACAGGCUUCACGACGAUGGAGGACAACGUCGCCGCGCGAGAUGAAGACAAGUACACUGCUCCCGGAAGGCGUGAGCUGAGCGUGCAUUUAUGA